AUGGAAAAACUUGUUCUGUUCAUCGCCACCGCAUCAGGGCUGUGGGCCGUGUCCUUAAAUCCUGAACGUCAGUACCAUUUUGUUUAUGAGCAGAAGAACUGGGCUGAAGCACUGAGUCACUGCAGACUGUAUUACACAGACCUGGCCACCAUAGAAAACAUGGAGGACGUGAAGACCCUGAAUGACAUGGUGGACUUGAACAAAUUUGAAAAAUCUGCAGACAGCUAUCGAGCCUGGAUCGGGUUGUUCAAUGACGUGAACAGCUGGAGGUGGUCGAGGUCGGACAGCGAUCUCUACAGAAGUGAUGAGGCUGAGUUCAGAAACUGGAAGCCUGGACAACCAGACAACGAAGGGGGAGGUGAACUUUGUGCGGAGAUUUUUGUCAGUGGAGAAUGGAAUGAUAAACUCUGUGACAAAACCCUUAGUGCAAUCUGCUCUGAUGUCAGAGGGCAAAAUGUGACAUUUGUGUUCAUCGACAAAACGAUGACAUGGGCUCAGGCUCAGAGCUACUGCAGGGCUCAUCACACAGACCUGGCCAGUGUGAGAAACGUGUCAGAGAAUCAGAGGGUAAAGGAGUUGGUGCCUGCUGAAGAUCGACCAGUCUGGAUCGGCCUUUUCAGAGAAUCCUGGAAGUGGACGGAUGGAAGGACCUCCACGUUUAGAUACUGGAAAACAAAAGAACCAAAUAACCAAUACUGGAGAGAGAACUGUGUGGCAGCAUCCUUUAAACAUUCUGGAAACUGGGAGGACUGGAACUGUGACUGGAACAAGCCAUUUGUCUGCUACAGUGAUCCUGUUUACAAGCAAGCGGUGAGAAUCAGGCUGGAGAAAAACGCUCAUCUGGAUCUGAAUCGUGCUGCUGUGAUGGACGACAUGCUGAAGCUGGUCAAGCAGAAGCUCCAGGCCCAGGGGGUUAGAGGGGACAUCAACCUGAGCUGGAGGAAGCAGUCAGAUGGAAACGUUUUUCACAGCGACACAAAGAAAACAAAGAAGAUAAAAAACCCUUAA